ACACGAGCUUCUUGCACCCGACGCCGAGCCAAUUCACGUGCAGGACCUAAACAAAGACGAGAACGAUGAGAGAGAAUUUCUCUGCCCGGCCUUUGCGUCUCGGUACAUGACGGAGCCCAUCGUGACAAACAAGUUCCCUGAGAAGACCAUGCCAGCAAAGGUGGUGUACCGCCUGAUCAGGGACGCCAGGGAGCUUGAUGCCACCCCAAGGCUCAACCUGGCUUCCUUUGUGACCACAUGGAUGGAGCCAGAAGCCGACCAGCUCAUCCUGGAGUCCCUGAACAUCAACUACAUUGAUGAAUCAGAGUACCCCUCAACCACCAACAUCCAAAACAGCUGCGUGAGCAUGCUGGCUGACCUGUACCACGCUGAGAACCCGUGCGGAACCGCCACGGUCGGGUCAAGCGAGGCAAUCCUGCUGGGCGGCCUGGCCUUCAAGCGGCGCUGGCAGGAGAAGCGCAAGGCGGCCGGCAUCAAGGAGGCAGUCACCCCCAACAUCGUCUGCAGCUCAGCAGUGCAUGUGUGCUGGGAGAAGCUGUUCAACUACUUUGAGAUUGAGCCUCGCUACGUCAACCUGACAGAGGACUGCUUUGUGGCAACCCCAGAGAAGAUUGCGGCAGCCUGCGAUGAAAACACAAUCGGCGUGGUUGCUAUCAUGGGCACCACUUACUCUGGCCACUUUGAGGACGUCGCCGGCAUCGACGCUGCUCUUGAGGAGCUGAACAGCAAGAACGGCUGGGACAUCAAGAUCCACGUGGAUGGGGCAUCCGGGGCCUUUGUUGUGCCGUUCCUGUACCCGGACCUCAAGUGGGACUUCCGCUGCAAGAACGUGGUCUCCAUCAACGCCUCUGGCCACAAGUAUGGCCUGGUGUACCCGGGCGUUGGCUGGGUUCUGUUCCGCAGCAAGGAGUACCUGCCAGACAGCCUCAUCUUCCACGACAACUACCUGGGCACUGACCAGAUCAACUUCACGCUCAACUUCUCCAAGGGAGCCUCCCAGAUUGUCGCACAGUACUACCAGUUCCUGCGGCUGGGCCGGAUUGGCUACACCAAGAUCAUGCGCAACUGCCACGCUGUCGCAAUGUACCUCGGCAAGGCGCUGGAGGAUACGGGCUAUUUCAAGGUGAUAUCGGCGCGCGACCCCGUGCCCAUGCUGCCUCUCGCAACGUUCACCCUCAAGCCCGAGUACCGGAUGAACGGCUACGACGAGUUCGACGUGGCCGACCGCCUGCGCCAGCGCGGCUGGGUCGUCCCGGCGUACACCAUGGCGCCCGACGCGCAGGCAAUCCGCGUGCUGCGCGUGCUGUGCCGCGAGGAGUUCUCCAUCUCUUCUGCGCGCACUUUUGUGGAGGACAUCAAGAACGCCAUGGACUGGCUCACAGGCCACUACAUCUACACCCCCCAGCAGCUGACGGACCUGAAGAAGACUCUGGGCUGGAAGGGCACAGGCAAGCGCGCAGUCAAGACCACCAUUAAACCCGGCGAGCCAGAGGUCAACCAGGCAGCCGUGCCCAUGCACGGAGGCGUCUGCUAGAGCUGCAUGCAUGCCAUGCAGCUCAUGCCAGGCUCCAAUCCGGGCGCAUGAAUCUUGUUAUUCACAUGGUGAGUUGGGGGCAAGUGGCCAAUGAAGGCGUAUCUCGAGUGAAGGCGCAAGAGAUCAGCACAAUCUCGCUGAAUUUGCAGCAGAGGCCAUGAUUUUGAGUCCGGGGCAGGUGAAACCAAGGCAUAUUUUCAAUUUAUUACAUAUCUGUCAUCAUGGGUCAACCAUUGGUGUGAAACUUGCACAGGGAAGCACUGUCUCACGCCCGGGGUUUUUGGCACAUGGGCAACGCUGACUGGACAGCUGCUAAAUGCAAUUUGACCCCCAGAAAGCUCAGUGCAGGUGCCAAGCGCAGUUUUGCAGAUUCCUUGGCAGUUUUCAGCAGGAGCAAAGCCUUCAUGGUGAGGUGUUUCCACAGUUUAUAUUGCUCAGGAAGCUGCGGGUGUUCAGGACUGAUCACUGUUUCCAGUAGGUGCACAUGGGGUGUCUGCAUAUUAGCGAGCCACAUGGGAGACAUCACAUUACCAGACACAUUCUUGUGAGAUGGAGCACUGCUAAGGCUUCAUUAGGGAAUUUGUAGCCAUGCCCUAGAUGCAUUGACAGUUUAUCAAGGGCAUAGUGGUUGGAUGUAGGUUCAUGAGAGUCAAAUGACAAGCGGCUGAGCGGCAGUUCAGAUGCCAUGCUAGCUUGUGAGAGACGCUGCCCAUUGGCAGGUCUUUCAGUUAGGGUGACUUUUGCAGGAUGUGAUGAUUGUUUGUUUGGCUGCAUUGCUUUGAAAGCUGUUGUUAUGCACACGCCUCCCCUGGAUAAUUGGAUGAGCACAUGCAUCCGCCGGUAUACAGAGCUGCUCAGCACGGCGACAGUUACUUAUUGGUUAAUUCAGAUUGAUGCUCACCCUUUACAGCAGCUUCUGCAGUGACCAGGCAUUGCAGCUACAUUUCUGGUUAAGCUGUAGUGCUUGUUACUAACUAGCUAGUGGCAGCAUGAAAGGAUACAGCACUUUUGUUGAUAUUUUUUGCAGCAUUAAAAUGAGGCCCUAGGGUGCCAUCUUAUGUAAAGCAUUAUGCCUGGUC